CCGCCAAUUAGCCCCGCCCCUUGGCGUCACUUCUUGUAAACAAAGCAGCUGUCUUUCGUCUUGUGGUCCUUCGUCCUCGUUCCUUCCAACUUCAUCACUUUGGGGGACGAUGGCCCAGGCAGGGGUGGUCCUGGACAAGGAUCAGUUCACCUGCUCUGUGUGUCUGGAUGUCCUGCGAGAUCCGGUGACCAUCCCGUGCGGCCAUAGCUACUGCUCCGACUGCAUCCGCAACUACUGGGACCAGGAUGAAUACCUCGGCGUGUUCAUGUGCCCCCAGUGCCGACAAAGCUUCAGCCCGAGGCCAGCCCUCGCCCGCAGCACCUUGCUAGCCGACGUGGUGGACCGAUUCCAGCGUAGCGGACUCCAGGAGGUCCCGGCAGGCGGAGGGGGGCAACAACAACAAAGCCUGGCGGAGGCCGGCGACGUGGAGUGCGACGUGUGCCCCGGGAGGAAGAACAAGGCGGUCAACUCUUGCUUGGUGUGCCUGGCGUCGUACUGCGAGCUGCACGUCCGGCCCCACCACGACUCGGCCGUAUUUAAGAAGCACAAGCUGGUGUCAGCCUUCAAGAGGCUCCAGGAGAGCGUGUGCCAGCGUCACGAUAAGCUGCUGGAGGUCUACUGCCGCACGGACAAGCAGUGCAUCUGCUCCAUGUGCCUGGCGGAUGAACACAAGGGACACGACACCGUGCUGGUGGAGGUGGAAAUACAAGUGCAGCAGUUCCACCGCCCACCAGUUGAGGCCAACCAAACCCGGAGCGCCUCUACUUUUAACUUCCGUCUCCAAAACCAAAAUGGGUGGCGCCAAAGCUUGACAACAAAGCGGCUCUUCCCUCACAACGGACCACCCGAAAAAAGCUCGCUUUUCUCCCCAAAGUUCACCUUCAACGACUUUUUUUUCUCUUCCGCCAACAACGUCCGGAUUUUAUAA